UAUUAUUUACUAACAAAAGUGUUGACGCAUGUGUUGUAGUGCUUUGCUGAAAUUCAUUACAAAUAGGCAAUCUGUGAGUUACGUUUUAAUGAAAAGCUAACAGUAGAUUUCAUUUCUAUUUGAUGUUGAAUUAUACAUUAAAGCCCAUAAAGAUGGUUAUUAGGCUUUUUUCUUUGGUGUUUUUUAUUGUUUUCGUGGAGAGUACGACUUCUAAUUUCAUUCCAAAACAUUUAGAUGAACCUUCUGAUAAAGGACAAUUAUGGGCCGUUCUUGUUGCUGGUUCUGAUUCUUGGGAUAAUUAUCGACAUCAAGCUGAUGUGUGUCAUUCAUAUCAAAUUUUAAAGAAUCAUGGAAUUCCUGAUGAAAGAAUAAUUGUGAUGAUGAAGGAUGAUCUUGCAUAUAAUACAGACAAUCCUACUCCUGGUAUAAUCAUCAAUCAUCCAAAAGGAAAUGAUGUUUAUAAAGGUGUUCCAAAAGACUAUACUGGACGAGAAGUAACACCAAAAAAUUUCAUGGCUGUUUUGAGAGGUGACAAAAAAGCUGUUGCUGGUAUUGGAAGUGGAAAAGUUUUAAAAAGUGGACCAAAUGAUCAUGUGUUUGUGUAUUUUGCUGAUCAUGGAGCACCAGGAUUAAUAGCAUUUCCUGAGUCUGAACUAACAGCCAGACAGUUAAAUAAAACUAUACAUUACAUGAAUGAGAAAAAAAUGUAUGCCAAAAUGGUAAUUUACAUUGAAGCUUGUGAAUCAGGUUCUAUGUUUCACAACAUUCUACCAAACAAUAUAAAUGUUUUUGCUACUACAGCAGCUAAUAGUCAUGAGUCUUCAUAUGCAUGCUACUUUGAUGAAAAAAGAGACACAUAUCUUGGUGAUUUUUACAGUGUAAACUGGAUGGAAGAUUCUGAUAAGGAAGUUCUAACUCAAGAAACACUUAAUCAACAGUAUAAGAUUGUGAAGACUGAAACAAACCAAAGUCAUGUACAGGAAUUUGGAGACUUGAAAAUUUCCAAAAUGCAUGUGAGUGAGUUUCAAGGUGGGAAAAAUGCAACUCCAAUAAUUCUACCAAAAGUUGAGUUGAAUUUAGUUUCAAGUCGAGACGUCCCUAUAGCAAUUGUCAAGAGAAAAUUUUUGAAAACAAAUUCUGUAAAUGAACAAGCAGCCUUAUUGAAGAAGUUAAAUAAAAUGCUCAGAAAUAGACAAUACCUUUCUCAAAGAGUUUCAGAAAUUGUCACUGAAAUUUUCCAUGAUCAGAAGCAAGAAGAUGACAUAAUGAAUAAUCAUUAUACUUUAACAGACUUCGAUUGCUAUGAUAAAAUCCGAACUCAUUUCAAUGAAGAAUGCUUCAGUCUCUCUAAAAAUAAUUAUGCUCUAAGCUACAUGUAUGUUCUAGUCAAUAUAUGUGAAAAGGGUAUUUUACCUGCUCAAGCCAUGUCAGCUAUGGAACGAGUAUGUGUUCAUCCUCCUAUAUAUGGAAUUGUUUAAGUUAAUUUUUUUAGACGAAUAAUUAAUAAGCAUUUUAAUAUUUAAGCAUUUUCUGUACUUAUGUAAACAAAUAAUGUUCAUAUUAUAAUUUUGUGAUAUAUGCUUUUAUAUUUUUGUUCUUUCUUAUGAAUUUCCUAUGUACCACUAUCUUUCUAUGUACUUUUAUCUACCUGUGUACUACUACAGAGCAAAGUGUUAUGUUGAUAGCAUCUUAAUUUCAUUUUCUGUGAUUAUAUCUACUUUAUAUCUCCUUUUUUUUAUUUAAUAAAGAACAGUUUUUUUUCCAUA